GAGGGGGUCACACCUUACAAUGUGUGUGUAAUUGUAUGUAAAUGUCCGAGCAUAAAACUAUCAAACGUAUUGUUGUGCAUGUGGGAGCAAAUGAUGUUUUCAGAGAACAGCUGUUUGUCCAAGAUGAUUUCAGAAAACUUUUUUCUGAUCUCUAUAAGACUGGAAUACAAUCUUUUAUUAGUGGCCCACUCCCAGCGAGAGGAAUUUUUGCAUUUUCUCGACUCUUCAGUCUUAACACCUGGCUUGGAAAAACUUGUUUUUCAUUUGGUAUGAGCUUCAUAGACAAUUUUAACCUUUUCUGGAAUCGCAGAGAAUUCUUCAAGCCAAAUAGCACUGAACUCAGCUGGAUUGGAGCCAAAGUCUUAGUAGACCAUUACAGACUUGCAAUCUUUUCUCAGCCAGCAUUGAAGAAAACAGUUGUUUCUGUGUUGGUAACAGCCAAGACAAACAGGGGCAGACAGCUUCUUCCGAAGGGCUGUCAGCCUCUGAAAUCACCACAGGUAAAUAGUAACUAAUACAGUAUACUGUAUAUAAUACAUAUAAUAUUAUGAAUUAAACGUUUUGCUUGGACAUGAAACAUGAUCACUGAUUUUCUGAAGCGUUAGGUUCAGUGGAGAGCACAGAGGAGAGGAGAGGAGAGGAGAGGAGAGGAGAGGAGAGGAGCACAGAGGAGAGAGGAGAGGAGCAUGGAGGAGAGAAGAGAAGAGAAGAGAAGAGAAGAAAUGAGAGGAGCACAGAGGAGAGAAGAAAAUAGAAGAGAAGAGAGACGAAGAGAGGAGAGGAAAGGAAAGGAUAGGAAAGGAAAGGAAAGGAAAGAUGAGGAGAGAAGAGACGAGGAGAGUAGAGGAAAGGAAAAAAGAGGAGAGAAGAGGAGAAGAGAGGAGAGAUGAGGAGAGGAGAGCAGAGCAGAGCAGAGGAAAGGGAUGGAGAGGAAAGGAAAUGAGAGGACCACAGAGGAGAGGAGAAGAGAGGAGAGGAAAGGAGAGGAGCACAGAGGAGGGUGGUGGAGAGGAGAAGAGAGGAGAGGGGGUAUGAGGAGAGGCAAAGAGAGGAGUGGGGCACAGAGCAGGGUGGUGGAGAACUGAGGAGUGGAGAGGACACGGAAGAGAGUCUGGAAGAGAGAAAGGAGUGGUGUGGAGUGGAGUGGAGAGAGAAAGGGGUCCAGGAGUAGAGAAAGAGAAGAGAGAAGAAGAGCAGAGGAUAGAGGUGAGAAGUGGAGGGAAACUGAGUAAGUUUGGAUUUGAGGAGGGCAGAUAAGAGAGGGAGGAGGGCACAGAGGAGAAAGUGAAAGGCAGGAGAGAGUAAAGGAGGGGAGAGGAGAGGAGAAUAUGGAGGAAGGCAGAGAGGAGAGGAGGGGAGGGCAGAUAGUUUGAAGGGAAGGAGAGGGAUAUGUGGAUGAGGCCAGAGAGAGUGACACAGAGGGACACAGAAGUCUUUUCUGUGAUGGAGUCACGGAUGUGCUUUCUUCAUGUUCCCUAUGUUUCUCUAUGGCACAGCCCCCCAAGGCAUGCCCAUGGCGACGGGUCUGCAUGUGAAUGUCCCAUGUGACCAUAACGAGUCAUAAUUUUGUGGUGAAAGAAGCUCCUCUCCAAGGAACGAAGAUGCAGAGAUUCAGCACUCAACAGGCAUUGGAAAUGAUCCUGGAUGGAGCUGACCCUGGCGAAUCGGAUGGAGAAGACAUCAAUCUCCAGGUGGAUUCAGACUCCGAGCUGUCUCAGUCUUCAGAUGAGGAGAGUGCUCCCCAACCAACAAAGAGAGCUCGGCUAGCGACUGAUGUGGCAGAGACUGCAAAAGAUGGCACAGUAUGGCAUGAAGAACAGGUGGGAACGGGUCCACAUUUCACCCCACCAACGCCAUACAGCGCAGAUGGAGAGCCAACCGCUAAGGCCAGGAGGUCAAUCACAAGUCGCCUUCAGAGCUUCCUUUGUUUCAUCACUCUGGACAUGCUUGGCAUCAUACGAGACUGUACAAUUCAACAUGCGAAGCAAACUGAGCAUGUGGAUUGGUUCAUGGGCAUACCUGAACUAAUGGCAUUUAUUUCCAUCACCAUCAUGAGGGGAAUCAUCAAGGUGCCAUCACUGCAUGACUGCUGGUCGAAAAACCUGGGAAACCCACACAUCAUCGAAACCAUGUCCCGAGGGCGUUUCAAAAACAUCAUGCAUCACCUGCGCUUUGAUGACAGAGACACCCGCAGCGAGCGAGUACAGACUGAUAGGUUUGCUGCAAUUUCAAACAUAUGGGGAUUGUUUGUCACCAACUGCAUCACAUCCUACAUCCCUGGUCAACACAUCACCAUUGACGAACAACUUUUCCCGUGCAAGACUCGCUGCUGUUUCCUACAGUACAUUGCAACUAAACCAGACAAGUUUUGUAUCAAGUUUUGGGUGGCGUGUGACUUGAAAACCAAAUACGUCUGCAACAUCCUCCCAUAUCUUGGCAAGGACCCCACUCGGCCUCGUGGGGAGAGAGUGUCUGAGAGUGUAGUCAUGAGGCUGAUGGAACCAUUCUUGGACAAGGGCAGAAAUGUUACCACAGACAAUUUCUUUACAUCACUGUCACUUGCAAAACAACUACUUAGCCGGAAUUCAACCAUCCUCGGCACAGUCAACAGGAUUCGCCAAGAAAUUCCACCAUCAACUCGACAGAUGCACCGCGAUGAAUUUACCACCCAGGUAUUUUCAUCCACUGGUGCCACACUGACUGUGUAUGCGCCCAAGCGGAAGAAGACAGUAUAUGUUCUCAGCAGCAUGCACAGCACGAUUCAGACACAGGAAACCGCCAAAAAGAAGCCAAACACCAUCACACUCUACAACACAACAAAGUGCGGCGUCGAUAUCAUGGACCAGAUGGUGCGGGAAUACACUGUCCGCGCAGGAACAAGGCGCUGGCCAAUAUCAGUGUUCUACAACAUGAUAGACAUUGCAGCACUGAAUGCCCACGUGCUCUAUCAAUUAUGCACUGGGAGAAAGGAAAGACGGGUGGAUUUCCUGUUUGAACUGGCAAGAGAGUUGGCUCACUCCCACGUGGGUAUGAAAAAGGUCCAAAAGGAGCAAUUGCUUCGGCAACAACCCUCCACACCACAAUUCGGACAAAGAGCCAAGUGUCAGGCUAAAAUCAAAUGCAAGGACAAUCGUGCAACUGUGCGCUGUGUUGGCUGUUAUAAAUAUACAUGUGGGAAAUGCAGAAAGGAGCAAUGGCUGUGCCAGAAUUGUGAGUGACUGCUCAAAUGUAUUUCACUCAUUUGCAUUCUUUGUAAAUAUGCUUUUUUCUUUGUAAAUAUAUUUUUUCUAUUU